CGCGAAAGAAUGCGUGUGAAGGAGCACAAAGCAGACGCAUCGGCCCCACCUGAAAAGUACACUUUGACGGUGAGUUGUGGUCCCUUCCCCUCUCUGCAAUGUACCGAUCAAUUCGUUCGUGUGCGUGUGUGAAUUCAGGUGAGGGUAGCUGGGCCAAGGCAACUUGGUCUCGACCUCGCCUUUCGCAUUCACGUCGACCACCACGCAACACAAGGAGGCAAGCAAGAGCGAAGAGUGUGUAUGAGUCGGUGUGAGUGGGGCUCACUCCACCUGCCUUGACUCCUCGUUUCUCGUCAGGUUUGCCAGCCCCCCUGUGUGCUCUGCGAGACUUCCUCCAGACGUUGGCCUCCUCGAAGGCCAUCGACCCGAGGGAAGUGGAGGACGCACGAGAUCCUGAACGACGCAUCAAGGAAUGGCACUGGACAAUCGUCAAGGAAACGGAGGCGUUGGAAAGGAAACUAAAGGUGAGCUGUGCGGGGAAAGAAACAGCGGCUGCACCUGUCCCCAUCCCACUGCUCUGCUGCUUCAGGAGGCAGACGACGUCAUCCGGAAGAAAGAAUCAAAGGUGAGACACGCGGAUGCGGCGUGCAAUGAGUACGUUGAUUGCUUCUUGUUAGGAGAAGGCCAUGCAAGACAUGCUGGCCUCAUUCCACAAAGAAAUAGCAAGUCUUCGAAGCCAGGUGAAAUACGGUGCCAGACGAGCACAAACGUACACACACCCGACGUGCCAUCACUUGCCUGUGUAUUGAUCACGCGUACAUGUAUGUGUCCGCAGCUCACUCGGUCGCGCCGUAGCUCAUCCAGGGGGCUCAGCAGGGCUGGGUCGGAAGCGGAUUCGCCGACACACGCCGAGAGAGUAACGUUUUUCGAUGCCGAGAAAUACAUCACCGGUGGGACAUGAGAAGUACCCACAUCGAUUGCAUGACUCUCUGCCCGGCUGUCUCUCUGUGCAGAUGACUUGGUCAAUCAGCUGCUGGCGCAAAAGAAAGACGAAAUGCAGGCCAAGUUCGACCGGGAAAUGACGAUGCAACUUCAACGAUUCCAGUGAGACAAGAGAGGCGGAAAGAAAACGAUGAGUCUUUCAGUUCCUGUCUCCCGUUGUUUUCCGUGCAGUGCGCUCAAGGAGAACUACGUCAGCAAGUGUUUCCGCCUACGAAGCAACCAGGUAUGGAUCUCUGUGUCUCCUAUAGGCAGGAAUUCACAGACUCUCAUGUAACGUGGUCUCAGGUGUAUCUCCAUCGGCUGAAGGGCAAGUUGGGAAUAAGAGAUAAUGAGGACCUGGUCGCCAAGGUGGGAAUGCUGCCUUCUCUCAUUUCUUUCCUUGGCGUCAGCCUACUGCGUGUGACUGCUGAUUGCAGCUUGGUGAGUUGGAUCAGUCUGAAAUCUGGCACAUCCUUCAAACCAUGGAGAACGAGCUGGUGCAGAUCGACGACAAAUGCAGACAAACAACUGUAAGCAUCCAUGUCUUACACUUAUGCGUCUUGCCCUAUGCGUCUCUGCAUUCCUCAUUCAGGGCAAGGAGCCGCUGAAAAGGCUAGCGUCCUUCAAUCCUGUGAACGAUCUUCGCUUGGAGCUACUAGGUGAGGCAAGUUGAGCAUCAAAGAGGCCUGCUCUCGCCUUCUCUUUUCUUGCGAUCCAUCAAGGUCCCAACUUUGAUAUCACGAAGGUCAAGCACAAGCGAAAGAGCGACGCCUUUCAGCACUUCAUGCAGUCGCUAGCCAACAACGAUGUCGAGAGGAAAGAUGCGGCCUCUCAAACAGAUGCAGCACUGCUUCUACACAUGUGAGCACCGACCGGUGCUUCUCGUAUCUUUGGGCACCCGGCCUUUGUACUGACUGACUCGCGCAGGAGUCGUGUCAUGGGUGCCUUCCAAAAGGCGAAGAACCGCUCGUCAACAUAUGAACUUAUUGAGGUGCACGAGCACAGCAUGUGGCCAAAGUAUCUGUGCUAAUUGGUGUCUGACACGAUUGGCACGCAGAUGGAGCACACAGGCAUGCAGACAGACCUCUCUCUGGUCGAAAUCGACCUGCUCAUUGCCCACGCCAAUCAGAGCCUCGCCCGCGAGCGCUUCAAGCCAGCAUCCGACACCCCAAUGGCCGAGCUGCCCAUGGUCAUCAGCAAGAUCAGCUCGCCUGGGUUGAGACAAAUGGAGGGUGACAUGAAGGGCGCCUCUCUCCCAGAGAUAGAAGCUGUCAUGGAGAAGCUAGACACAUACGAAACAGCAGCGAAGAAUCAGUUUCAGCGUGUGAUGGAGCUGAAGAGGCAUCAAUGCACCAAACUGCACGAGGCCCUCCUCGAAAAGACCAAGUCACUGGGGGCAUCAGAUCAUGGGGAGGAAUCUGCUGAAAUGAGACGCCACGAGAAGCUCAUCGAGAGACUUGAGCUGUCCAUGCAGGUGAGGGCUGGCCAUCCCUUCUCACAUACAUCCGUGUCUCCCAUCUCGUGCCUAUGCGUGUUGCCGCAGUCUUCAGCGUAUUCGACGGGAACGCCAGCCAUGCUGACGCCAAGACUGGACCGGAGAAAGAAAAAGAAGACUCUCCAGGCGAGCGUCCAGACAGACCCAUACGCCGCCCCCGAGCAGCGUAGCCUCGUACCGGUGCCUGCCCCGCAGAAGAGCAACGAGGCACCCGUCUUGAAGUGUCCCGGCUUCCCAGGUACGAUCCACAACGCGAACUACUCACACAGAGCCAUAACUCUUUUAUAUGUAUGGAUGCAUCAGUUGAACUCGGUAUCACUCCUUUCCUGAAGCUGCGUCUCGAUCCGACUCUGCAAGAGCGCGAGGACUCCCUCCGGGAUCAGAGCACAGCGUCCCGCGACGAGGCGGGCAAGUCGACAGCGCUCUCGACCGUCGCCCUCCACUGCAGCCUCAUCACAUCCUCUUCAUCUGCAAAGAGCGACGACAGCGGCGAGCUGGCAGUGGAGUCCAUACAGCGGGGAAAGAGACGAGCCGAGUCUCCAGCUGAGCCCCCGCCUCUGCGAUAUUCGUCAGGUGGAUCCCCCAGCACCCUGUCGCCCAGGGAGAAGACGGAGCUCUUUCUCAACACCGAGAGGACGAGGCGCAUCGCUCCACUUAGCCAGAGGUUCGUGCCGCCUGUCCUGCCGGUGAUCGGGGAGUCCUUCGGCGAAGCAAGGCCAUUGAGACCUCACACGCGAGACACUCGAAUCACCGGCGUCGCCAGGAGGGCACCGGUGCACCAUCAAGUCGACAGGCCGCAGACAACUACACAAAACGUCAGCCACUGCAGCGACAUCCAAGAGGAGGCACAGCAGGAGUCAUCCAUCGAGCAUGAGCGGGACUCUCCUGAAAUGUCUUUCCGCGGCCAAGUGAGUGCGCGAGUGCCAUCGAGACACUACCCUUCACCAACAAUACAGACAAGGCGGCCAGACACCUCGUUUCAUGAGUGUAUGGUCGUCUCGCCCCUCGACGUCCGUGUCGACCACCACAACUCCAUCAGCACGCGAACGAACGAUGCAAGAGAGGAGAACGAGGGAAGGAGUGAGCACAGCCUUAGAGACAGUCAAAAGGCAAUAUCUACGGCAAUAGCUGCCGCUGCAUAUUCCAGAGUUGUUAGGUGAGAGAGAGGUCUAUACGUUGCACACCAUGCAUUGAUCUUCUGUGUGUGUGUCUGUGUGUCUCGGUGUUUCAUUCAGACGGAAGGCGACUAUUCCGUCUAGGCAAACGAGAACCUUUCUUCACUCGCAACGGGGAAACCUCCGGCUGCCUGCUUGAUCGGUGUGUCGGUUGCUUCUCAUGAUUGGAUGCUUGUGACUCUGUUGUGUGACUGACUGACUCUGUAUAUUUACAUGACGUGGGUCCUUUUGUAAAGAUCGA